CAAGUGCAUAGACCGUCCUCCUCUCUCCUUUUAUUCUUUCCAUCUCUCAGCUCCCUCUCUUCUUCAACCACCUGCUCAGCGCUCCUCAUUUUUGCGCUUGAACUCGAAAUGUCUGGCUUUGCCGCUCUUAUGGCGCUGAGCGCCUCUCAGACCCAGGAGGCCGAAAGCGCUGUACAGCGAGCCCUCAAGGAACGCCAACGCAAUGAGGAAGACAAGCGCAAACGACAGGAGGAGGUAGAGCGGAAAAGAUUAGAAGAAGAGAAGAAGUUGCGCAUGAAGAGGUUCGAGGACGAGAAGAGGGCAAAGGAGGCGCAGGCUAGGCGAGAGGCGGAGCGGGCGAAACGAGAGGAAGAAAAGGAGAAGCGGGAAGAGCAACAGCGACAUGCUAUGCUCCAUGGCGCCGUGAAGGCUAAACCAACCAAGUGGCCUUCCUCCAGUGGUGGCAUGCGGGAGGAGGUCCGCAGGCGGCGCAUGCCAUCCGACGAAGAGGAGGAGUCACCCGGGAUGAUGCUGACCCGCGAGGAGAAGAGGCAACGCAAGCUUGACAUGGAUAUGCGGCGGACGUACAACGGCAAGCGCUCGUCUAGUCACUCAGGUUACACCCGAGCUGGCGGGCGGCGGCUCCCUGGUGGGGCCAUCGAUGCCACAACGCCAUCUCAGGCCACGUCAGGAGACUCAUCGCAGUCCAUCAAGGCUCGGCUCACGGCCCUGCCCAACACAUUGACGAAGCUCAAUGUCGUUAAACGUGACGUGCGGACUAUCGACGAGAUCCUGCAGGACCGGGCGAAAGCCCGAGAGAACGCCGUACUAGAUGGCGAUAAUGCCAAGGAGUUCAAUGAUUGGUUUGGCAAGGCUAAAAAGAAGGAAGCCACACAGUCCUCGCAGUCUUCUGCUGCAGCGCCCUCGGCCCCCACCUCCAGCCGGAGCUCGCCCAUGUCUCCACCCCCAAAGACCUCUCAUUUAUCGGCCGCGGCGAAGGCAGUCAGCGUUCCGAAGCCUGUUGCCUCAAUGGCAAAGAGCACGAGCAACUCGCAGCCAAAGUCUUCGCUCUCCUUCAGUAAAGACAAGCAGAUGCCCAAGGUUUCUGUGGGAACCUCUCGCGCUGACACACAAGCGUCCAAAUAUCCAUCGUCUUCUAAGCGUUCGGAGCCCACCCGCAAGGUUAUUCCGUCGAAGUCGCGGGCAUCAUCAUCUAGCCGUUCAGUGCCGGCAAAGAAACGCGCCCGCUCGCCCUCACGCUCGGAGUCGCCGCCACCGAAACGCAAGGCUGCCACGUCGUCCGGUGAUGAUGACUACCGCUCCGAAAUUUGGAAAUUAUUUGGCAAGGAUCGUGGCACCUACAUGAAUCAAAAUGUAUACAGCGACGACGAGGACAUGGAAGCGGAUGCUCUGGCUAUGGAGAAGGAAGAAUUACGCAGUGCGCGCCUUGCGAAGAAGGAAGACCUGGCAGCUCUUGAGGAGGAGAAGCGGCACGAGGAGGAGAAACGUCGGAGGAAGCGAGAGCGAGAACGCCGUGGACUCUAGAUGGUAAUUGUACUUGGAUCGGUUUAUCCAUACCACUUAUUCGUCAUAACUCCUGCUGUAAGCUGUGUUUUGCGGACUGUAUGUAAAGGGCAGAACGCCUCUAGCCGUUCAACCAUUAAUAUUAAUGCGAUAGAGAAUUUGUAGGUUUACAUAGAGUUAGCUUUUUAGCACAAUCAUUGCAUCCAUACCAUAUCAAUUAUUUUUGUUAUAUCGCAUGCUACCAACAUAACACCCAAUUGCA